AUGACUUCUUAUAGAUCUCUUUCAUAUUUUUUAAUAUUUCUUUUCUUGCUUUUCUCUGUAAUUUCAUCCGCUAAUUCUCAUCCUCAUAAAAGAGAUGCUCCAGACCCAUGUGCACCAGUUUUAGCAUCAACAAAUCCUAAUUAUACUGAUGUAAAAAAUUGCUUGACCAGUUUCCCGUAUAAUGAGACUAAAGCAAAAGAGACUGUCGAUUUGUUGAAAAAGUACACCUCUGAUUUCUACGUGUUCUUUAAUCAAGCCAGGGAGCAACCAAAACCUGGGUUUACAUUUGAGCCUGUAGAUAUAUUCAAAGAAUUGGAUAAAAUUAUCGCAAGUAGUCCUAAAACGGAAUUUGAAUUUAUGAACUCUUUAAGAAAUGUUUAUAAAAGAUUACGCGAUGCACAUACACAACUUAUUCCUUCCUGCUAUG